AUGGCCAACGUCGCCAAGAAGGUGUCCUGGUCCGGCCGGGACCGCGACGAGGAGGACGAGCCCCCGGCCGCCGGGGAGGCCACCCCGCUGCUGAACGGCGCGGGUCCGGGGGCGGCGGGCGGCCCCCCGCACUCCCGGCUUCUGCGCCUCGGGCAGCUGAGCAGUGUGGAUCUCGACGAUGAUGUCCGCGAACUGGAAACGGAGGCCACUAACCAGUUUCCCAGUGAGAUUCCUCACAAUGAGAAGCUGCUCUCGCUCAAGUAUGAGAGUCUGGACUACGACAACUGCGAAAACCAGCUGUUCUUGGAGGAGGAGAGGCGGAUCAACCACACGGCGUUCCGAACGGUGGAGAUCAAGCGCUGGGUCAUCUGUGCCAUGAUCGGGAUUCUCACUGGCCUCGUCGCCUGCUUCAUCGACAUCGUGGUGGAGAAACUGGCUGGGCUGAAGUUCAGAGUGGUGAAAGACAAUAUUGACAAGUUCACUGAGAAGGGGGGGCUGUCCUUCUCCCUGUUACUUUGGGCCAUUCUGAACUCGAGUGUGGUGAUGGUUGGAUCCGUUAUUGUCGCUUUCAUAGAGCCUGUAGCUGCCGGCAGCGGGAUUCCCCAGAUUAAGUGCUACCUCAAUGGCGUGAAGGUUCCUCAUGUCGUCCGCCUCAAGACCUUGCUGAUCAAAGUCUGCGGGGUCAUUCUGUCAGUGGUCGGAGGCCUGGCUGUCGGGAAGGAAGGGCCAAUGAUUCAUUCCGGAGCGGUCAUUGCAGCUGGGAUCUCGCAAGGAAGGUCGACUUCUUUGAAGCGAGACUUUAAGAUCUUUGAGUACUUCCGCAGAGACACGGAGAAAAGGGACUUCGUCUCGGCCGGAGCGGCUGCUGGCGUCUCAGCCGCUUUUGGCGCACCAGUGGGGGGAGUUCUUUUCAGCUUGGAAGAAGGUGCUUCCUUCUGGAAUCAGUUCCUGACAUGGAGAAUUUUCUUUGCCUCCAUGAUCUCUACGUUCACGCUGAAUUCCAUCCUGAGCUUUUACCAUGGGAACCCCUGGGACCUCUCCAGCCCGGGUCUCAUCAACUUUGGAAGGUUCGACAGCGAGAAACUGGGAUACACGUUCCAGGAAAUUCCGAUCUUCAUUGUUAUGGGAGUGGUUGGUGGAAUUCUCGGCGCGAUAUUCAAUGCCUUGAAUUACUGGUUAACCAUGUUCCGAAUCAGGUACAUCCACCGCCCGUGCCUGCAGGUGAUCGAGGCCAUGCUGGUGGCGGCUGUGACGGCAGCUGUGGGGUUUGUGAUGAUCUACUGCUCUAGCGACUGCCAGCCCCUCCAAGGGGAUUCUGUGGCCUAUCCUUUGCAGCUGUUCUGUGCGGAUGGAGAAUAUAACUCGAUGGCCACCGCCUUCUUCAACACGCCUGAGAAGAGUGUCGUCAGCCUCUUUCACAACCCCCCAGGUUCUUACAAUCCCAUGACCCUGGGGAUGUUCACCCUGAUGUAUUUCUUUCUGGCCUGUUGGACCUAUGGGCUCACCGUGUCGGCAGGUGUCUUCAUCCCUUCCCUGCUGAUUGGAGCUGCCUGGGGACGACUCUUUGGCAUAUCGUUGGCCUACCUGACCAGUGGAGCAAUCUGGGCCGACCCCGGGAAAUACGCUCUGAUGGGGGCCGCAGCGCAGCUGGGUGGGAUAGUGAGAAUGACCCUGAGCCUGACCGUCAUCAUGAUGGAAGCGACGGGCAACGUCACCUACGGAUUCCCCAUCAUGUUGGCGCUGAUGACGGCUAAGAUCGUGGGCGACUACUUCGUGGAGGGUCUGUAUGACAUGCACAUCCAGCUGCAGAGCGUUCCUUUCCUGCACUGGGAGGCUCCAGUGACGUCUCACUCCCUCACGGCCAGGGAGGUGAUGAGCGCGCCCGUGACCUGCCUCAGGAGGAUUGAGAAGGUGGGGACGGUCGUGGACAUCCUCAGUGACACAUCGUCCAACCACAACGGCUUUCCCGUGGUAGAGAGCAGCCCGGACCCCACGCAGGUGGCGGGACUGCGAGGCCUGAUCCUGCGCUCCCAACUGAUUGUUCUCCUGAAGCACAAGGUCUUUGUGGAAAGAGCCAACCUGACCCUGGUUCACAGGCGGCUGAAGCUGAAGGAUUUCCGGGACGCCUACCCCCGCUUCCCCCCCAUCCAGUCCAUUCACGUCUCCCAGGACGAGCGCGAAUGCAUGAUGGACCUGACUGAGUUCAUGAACCCGUCGCCCUACACGGUGCCCCAGGAGGCGUCUCUGCCAAGGGUCUUCAAGCUGUUCCGGGCGCUGGGCCUGCGGCACUUGGUGGUGGUGGAUAAUCACAAUGAGGUGGUCGGGCUGGUGACCAGGAAGGAUCUGGCGAGAUACCGACUAGGAAAGGAAGGGCUGGAGGAACUGUCCCUGGCGCAGACAUGACGCUCCUGGGGCGGUUGCUUUGCCGUGGUGAGCCCCGUUCCCCUGGAGGCGUCGGCAGGGAGCUGGUCCCUGCAAGCUGCCAUGCCACCUGGUGCAUUCGGCACGAAUGCCCAGCCCCUGAUUGUGCGUCUUGUCCGUCGCCGUGUUCCCAUUUUACUGGCUGCCUGUCCCCUGUGUCGGCUGGGCGUCGCUGCAGCCUCCUCUCCUGUCACCCGAGGGAGCAGGUGCUGGGCAGGUUCCUGGUUUCCCCCCUCUGUGUGCUGGGCCCUUGGAGCCGCUUUGAGGCUAGAGAGCAGUGGGGUGGGGAAGCUGAGCCCAGUGCCCUGGGGGAGCGUGAGCAUGCUACGAAGCUGGGCAGCAGACGUCCCACUGCUCACCCCCUGCCGGCGCAUUACAAGCCAGAGCCACCUCCGCAUCCCGCGUCGCCUCCUGGAAUAUGUGCUCCGGACUUCAGGAACCAGAAUCAUGUGGAUCUGACCCAGUCUGCAGCCACCAUUGACCAAUGUCCAUUCCGCCUGGGCCGCCUCUGCACCAAAGCCUUUACCCGGGACACGGGCAUGGGAGCUGGCAGGGCCUGGUCCAGUAUCUUCUAGCAGGGACCUUGCCAAGCAAAGGCUCCCUGGAUCCAUAGGCCAGCAUCUGGGGACCAGUGUCUUAACGCUGCCCACAGCUGAGGUGGCUUUUAACCCUGCGUGCGAAGGGAGCAACGUACCCCAAUUCCACAGCCCCAGCCUUGCAGCUCGGCGGGUCUCCGAUGACACGGACACACACAGACGACUGAGCAAACGGGCUGCCAGGGACUGGGUGUGGCUGGCUU